UCAUCUCGCACGGACUUUUCGGGAGAGCAGGAAACUGGAGGAGCCGCGGGAGCGGAGCGAGUUAUAAAGGCCGGGAAAAAGCGCGGAUUCCGGCUUUAUUUACUGGAUUUACCGGCCUAAACACACGGCAGCGCCGCGCCGGAGGGGAGCCAGCGUCGUUUGGGCGCUUUAUCCGGAGGUUUCGUGUUGUUUUUUGACGCUUUUCCCCCGUUGCCUCGCUCCUCUGGCUCGGCUCUGCUUUUCUCCUCGAAAUCUGAGGAGGAGGAGGAGGAGGAGGAGGAGGAGGAGGAGGAGGAUGGCGGCUCGGCUCAGCACCAGCUAAACAACUAAACUAAAGGAUUUAUACCCGUUUUUAACGCUUUCCUCGCCUUAGACGCCCGUUAGGACGUCCACAAGUGGAGCAGACGCACUUUUCCCUGCGUUCGGCUGACCUGAGUUGCCCAACUGCCCCCAAGUCCAAGUCAAUUCCCCCACAAGUGGAACAUUUGGUGAUGAAAUUUCCCUCUUUUUCCCCUCAGCGAUGGUUUCAGGGUGUAGAUGAUAUCAGCUGUUGGAUUAUUCCCACUUUCAUGGGUCCUUGUGGGAGUACGUGAAGGAAAACUGUGCAGAAAAGUGGCGUUUAUAGGGGGAAGGUCUCCCAGUGGCCGAGGUCUGCUGUGUUUUUCUUCCUUCGGAGCUGCUUGUGAGGUGGAUCCAGCCUGGAUGGGCUCAGUGGUUUGGAUGGCUGGGAGGAGAAGCUUCAUCUGAAAGGCUUUAUCAUCUGGAAUCUGCUCCUGGUCUGAUUAUUAGAUUGGAUUUAAUCUCACAGGCAACAACCACAUCAAAUCUGCCAAGAUGAUGUGCGAGGUGAUGCCCACCAUUAGCGAGGCGGAGGUGGGGAGUAACGGGGACGGCCGGGGGUCUGGAUCCCCCCUACAGUCAGACUCCGAGGGGCACUUCGAGUCUCUGAUGGUGUCCAUGCUGGAGGAGCGAGACAGACUGCUGGACACUCUGAGAGAAACCCAGGAGAACCUGGGACUCACGCAGAGCAAGCUGCACGAGGUCAUGCAUGAAAGAGACUCUCUGCAGAGGCAGCUGAACACGGCCCUGCCUCAGGAGUUUGCGGCGCUGACUAAGGAGGUGAACAUGUGCAGAGAGCAGCUUUUGGAGAGAGAAGAGGAGAUCGCGGAGCUGAAGGCCGAGAGAAACAACACACGGCUGCUGCUGGAACAUCUGGAGUGCUUGGUGUCCCGUCAUGAGCGUUCUCUGAGGAUGACGGUGGUGAAACGUCAGGCCCAGUCUCCAGCCGGGGUGUCCAGUGAGGUGGAGGUCCUGAAGGCCCUCAAGUCUCUGUUUGAGCACCACAAAGCCCUGGAUGAGAAGGUGAGGGAGCGGUUGCGUGUUGCUCUGGAGAGGUGCAGCGCUCUGGAGGAGCAGCUAACGGCUUCUCAUAAAGAGAUUGCGGUGCUUCGAGAUCAGAACAAUCAGAAGAAAGUGCUGAUCGACGGCCAGACGGAAAUCAACCACAACUCUGAGAGUGUGCCGAGCACCAAUGGCAAGAGGUCAUCGGACGGGUCUCUGGGUCCGGAGGAGGAAGGAGGGAAGGUGGCCGAGCUUCAGGACGCGAUGGACCGGCAGAGUAAAGAGCUCCUGCAGAUGAAGGAGCGUGUGGUCUCCUUAAGCAACAAAGUCAGCGAGCUGGAGGAGGACCUAGACACGGCCCGCAAAGACCUCAUCAAAUCGGAGGACAUGAACACGCGACUGCAGAGGGACCUGCGAGAGUCCAUCGCUCAGAAGGAGGACAUGGAGGAGAGGAUCACCACACUAGAGAAACGCUACCUGGCUGCUCAGAGAGAGGCCACGUCUGUUCACGACCUCAACGACAAACUGGAGAAUGAAGUCGCAAACAAGGAGUCUCUCUUCCGCCAGACGGAGGAGAAGAACAGGCAGCUGCAGGAGAGGCUGGAGCUAGCUGAGCAGAAACUUCAGCAGACCAUCCGCAAAGCUGAGACGCUCCCGGAGGUGGAGGCGGAGCUUGCUCAGAGAGUCGCCGCCCUCACCAAGUCUGACCGUUCAGUGUGCGCUGGCUCUAAGGACAUUAAGGAGACUAAAGCUCAGAGGAAGGCUGAGGAGAGACACGGCAAUGUGGAGGAACGUCUGCGGCAGAUGGAAGCUCAGCUGGAGGAGAAGAACCAGGAGCUGCUCAGGGCCCGUCAGCGGGAGAAGAUGAACGAGGAGCACAACAAACGUCUGUCUGAGACGGUGGACAAACUUCUGUCGGAGUCCAACGAGAGGCUGCAGCUCCACCUGAAGGAGAGGAUGGCGGCCCUGGAGGACAAGAACGCCCUCAUCCGUGAGCUGGAUCACACAAAGAAGCUGAUCGAGGAGGCUCACCACGACAAAGAGCAGCUGCUGAUCCAGAUGGAGACGAUGCGAUCGGAGAGCGAGCAGGACCGCAGCAGGAGUAACUCCAUCCUGCAUCAGGGGAGGUCUCACAUGGGCAGCACUCCAGACUUCAGGUACCCAGUAUCUGCAUCCUCCAUGAUGGAUAGCCAUUCUGACCAUUACAGCAGCGCCCUGGUGCUCAGACGGCCCCAGAAGGGUCGGGCUGCUGCUUUACGAGACGAACCCUCCAAGAGGCAUGUGCAGACUCUCAACGAGCAAGAGUGGGAGCGUGUCCAGCAGGCCAACGUUCUAGCUAAAGUCGCGUACGCGUUCGAGAGUGACAUGGACAUGUCUGAUAUGGAGGACGACCGAGAGACGAUCUUCAGCUCAGUGGACCUGCUGUCCCCUGCCGGACAGGCAGACGCACAGACGCUCGCACUGAUGCUGCAGGAGCAACUGGACGCCAUAAACAAUGAGAUCAGGAUGAUCCAGGAGGAGAAGGAGAACACGGCUAUGAGGGCCGAGGAGAUCGAGUCGAGGGUGGGCAGCGGCGAGAGUCUCGGCGACCGUUUCCGCUCCAUGGGCUCCAUCCCGCCCCCUUUCCACGGAUCCUUGCACUCUGGUUCGUCUCCACCGGGCUCGGGUCACUCCACCCCCCGCAGAGCCCCCCGCAGCCCCAACAGAGAGGUGGACCGUAUGGGGGUGAUGACCUUGCCUAGCGAUUUGCGGAAGCAUCGUAGGAAGCCUGUGCAAGACGACAAGGCCACGAUCAAGUGUGAGACGUCCCCGCCGUCGACCCCUCGCUCCAUGCGGCUCAGCAAGGGACACGCCGCCAGUCACGAAGAUAUCCGAGACAUCCGGAGUAUUGCUGGACUGCAGGACGGUCAGGGCAGUAACCCCAGCAGCAGUAACAGCAGCCAGGAUUCCCUCAACAAGGCUGCGAAAAAGAAAAGCAUCAAGUCUUCCAUCGGCCGCCUUUUCGGGAAGAAAGAGAAGGGACGGCCAAACCCCUCGGGCAAAGACUCGCCCGGCCAAGCAGGCACUCCAGACGGAGAUGGUUCCCAGGAUGGAUUGGUGCUCAGUAAGCUCGGAGGACCUGGUGAGAAGAACAGGAAGCUGCAGAAGAAGCAUGAGUUGCUGGAGGAGGCCCGCAGACAGGGGCUGCCCUUCGCCCAGUGGGACGGACCGACUGUGGUUUCCUGGCUGGAGCUGUGGGUUGGUAUGCCAGCGUGGUAUGUGGCAGCCUGUCGUGCCAACGUGAAGAGCGGUGCCAUUAUGUCCGCGCUGUCGGACACGGAAAUCCAGAGGGAAAUCGGCAUCAGUAACCCGCUGCACCGCCUCAAACUGCGCCUCGCCAUACAGGAGAUCAUGUCUCUGACCAGUCCUUCAGCUCCACCCACCUCCAGAACGUCCACGGGGAAUGUGUGGGUUACCCAUGAGGAGAUGGAGAGCCUGGCAGCCACGCCGCCCACGGAGGAUGACGAGGGCAGCUGGGCCCAGACUCUGGCGUACGGAGAUAUGAACCACGAGUGGAUCGGUAAUGACUGGCUGCCCAGUCUGGGGCUGCCUCAGUACCGCAGCUACUUCAUGGAGUCUCUGGUGGACGCCCGCAUGCUGGACCACCUCACCAAGAAGGACCUCCGUGGCCAGCUGAAGAUGGUAGACAGCUUCCACAGAAACAGCUUCCAGUGUGGUGUGAUGUGUCUGAGGCGGCUGAACUACGACAGGAAGGAGCUGGAGAGGAGACGUGAGGAGUCCCAGGUGGAGGUCAAAGAUGUUCUGGUGUGGAGUAACGAGCGAGUGAUAAAGUGGGUGCAGCUGAUCGGGCUGAAGGAGUACGCUAAUAACCUGCUGGAGAGUGGCGUGCACGGAUCACUGAUGGCUCUGGACGAGACGUUCGACCACAACACACUCGCUCUGCUGCUGCAGAUUCCCACACAGAGCACACAGGCAAGGGCUGUUCUGGAGAGGGAAUACAACAACCUGCUUUCCAUCGGAACAGAGAGAAAACUAGAAGAGGAUGAUGAUAAGAAUUUCAGGCGCGCCCCCUCCUGGAGGAAGAAGUUUCGGCCCAAAGACGUGAGGGGUCUUGGCGUGGGCUCAGCUGACACGCUGCCCGCUAACUUCAGAGUGACCAACUCUUCCUCUCCAGCCCUGCAGCCAAAGAAACACCAGCUGGACGGGGGUGUGAGUGGAGUGCAGAGGCUGGACUCGGCUACGGUCAGGACCUACUCCUGCUAACCCAGCGCCACGUUUAUGCUCAUUAUCUCUAUAGGUAAUGCCGCUGAAAGCGAGGCGCCCCCUUCAGGCCGGGAGCUGAACGGACAGCAAGGACUCUAAGACGGCGGAUUUGCAGAUAGAGGACAUAUUUUAGAUUUAUUGAUUAUUCUAUUUAUGUAAACCAAUGGGACAUUUCAUUUCUUUAGCUCUGUUUAUGUAUAUCAUUUGUUUCUCCCUCCUUUUCAUCUUUUUCUCGCGUUCUUAUCAUGUUUUAACUCUUUAUCAGGUGUAACUGAAUGUAUUAUUACGAGUCUGAGGUUUGUACAUUUAUAUCUAUGGACGUUAUCUAAUCUUUUUAUAAUAAUCCUCAUCUUGUAAUUGUUCAUAUCUACGUCGGUUCCUUUCUUUUCAAUUGUAAAACCUGAGCUCGAGUGUGAUUUUAACUUCAUUUGUCCCCAGGCGCCCUUUUUUGGGUCUUAAGAAGCAUUUCUGUGGUUGAUGACGGCUGAGGCUUGUGUUAUUUGAAUAUCAGGUUUCAUGCAGAUUUUAGAGGACUGUGUAACGUUGCUGAUGGUUGGAUCCCCCCACCCCCCCUUUAUUUCUCUCCUUUGAUACCAAAACAAGACUCUUCUAUAAGCCAUAAGCGUAGCGAUGACGAGGGCUACUUUCGGAUGCAUCUUCUCAGCAAAGAAAAGAAAAACGCGGAGGCUGGCGUUCCUUCGAAAUGCUGAAACUUUCCAUUCCUUUUCUCCUGCGACGUGUGGAAAAGAAUGUGUGUGUGUUUCUUCUCCGCUGGACCAACCCCACUGUGGCCUAAGCUCAAACUGCAGCAUCCCAUUGUGGCGCGAUUUUUACCCCUAAAACUAAGACCCCUUCGACUAAUGGAGCCUUAUAGUUCUUCCUCUCUUCCCGCCCUGUCGUUUUUAUUUAUUCUACACAUUUCCGUGUGCGAUUUCAGCCUCUUUGUUUUGAAUAGAAUUGCCAUUUUUAUGUCUUCAGUCAUUUCAAAGGCUGGACUGUAAUUGUGACUUGGAGAAAUUGUGACAGAAUCCUCCAAAAGUGAAAGAAAACCCACUUUUUACCUUUGAUUUUCCACUUUUUUCUUUGUCUUUUUGUGAUUUGUAGUCUGUUAUGCACCAAUCAUGUCAUGGUUUUCUCUCUCUCUGCGUUGUUUUCUGUCUCUCCGUUUAAAAUCUCCUGAUCUUGUAACAGAACUUCUGUACAGUCCGAGUACUUAUGAGCUAUUUUUUAUCACAGUAUUAUUUAUUGCUUCCUUUCAAUAAAAAAAUACUGACUUAUUUUCCACUGCCAAUAAAAAGACUAAGUCUUUGUGCUAAAAACA